UCUCUCUCUCUCUCUCUCUCUUCCACCGUCACAGCAACUAUAUGAACAUAUAUGCAUUUAACACAAAAGUGGUAGACCCCAAAAAUUCUACACGAAUCAUUGCCACAAAUCACCUCUCACACUUUUGCAAUGCUCAAACAGAUUCUUCUCUCCCAAAACCCAAGACAUUGAUUCAAGGGUUUUUGAAAAGAAUCAAUUUUUUUUUUAUCAGAUGAAGAACAUGAAAGUAGUGUCUGAUCAGAUUUUCUAAAUCCCAAGAAGAAAAUCUGUGCUUUUGGUUUUGGAUGAAUGAGAUGAGCAAAAACUCGGAAACCCAGAAUGUCUAAUCAUUCUUUCCGCUUCCCGAAACCGCCAUUGAUGGAUGUCUCGAAGCUUCAGCAUCAGAACAAGAGGAAAGUAUGGUUUCUGUCUCUGAUUCUCUUCUUCAUCGCCUCCACUCUCCUCAUCAUCACCUCCACAUUCUCCACUUCCUCACUCCUGCGUGCCUACGCAUUCUCUCGCCGCCGUAUAAGCCCACGCGCCGCCGCGAAACCUCGUCCAAAGUUCGUCGAAUCGAAGCUUCGCGUGACGGAAACUUCAAAAGAACCCAUACCCAGAAUCGCCUACCUGAUCUCCGGCUCGAGAGGAGAUUGCGAGAGCUUGAAGAGGGCUCUGAGAGCUCUGUACCACCCGAGGAAUCAGUACGUUGUUCAUCUGGACCUGGAGGCGACGGCGGAGGAGCGGAUGGAGCUGGCGAGGUUUACGGCGGAGGAGCCUUCGUUCGCAGCGGUUGGGAACGUGAGAACGAUCGUGAGGGCGAAUCUGGUUACUUACAGGGGACCGACGAUGGUGAGCAACACGCUUCACGCGGCGGCGGUUUUGCUCCGGCACGGCGGCGCGUGGGAUUGGUUCAUCAACCUCAGUGCUUCUGAUUAUCCUCUGGUCACUCAAGACGAUUUGCUUCACGUCUUCUCGACAGUUCCCCGAGACUUCAAUUUUAUCGAGCAUACGAGCGACAUCGGUUGGAAAGAAUGGCACAGAGCGAAACCCGUAAUAAUCGAUCCCGGGCUGUAUAGCCUCGAGAAAUCGGAUGUAUUUUGGGUUACCGAGAAGCGAAGCAUGCCAUCUGCGUAUCGGCUUUUCACAGGAUCCGCGUGGAUGAUGCUUUCCCGUCAGUUCAUCGAGUACUCGCUAUUCGGUUGGGACAACCUCCCGAGGAUAACCCUAAUGUACUACUCGAAUUUCCUAUCCUCGCCCGAGGGAUACUUCCACACGGUCAUUUGCAACGCCGACGAAUUCAAGAACACGACCGUGAACCACGACCUCCAUUUCAUUUCGUGGGACAACCCUCCGAAACAGCAUCCCCACUUCCUUACGACCGACCAUUUCGACAGAAUGGUCGGAAGCAACGCUCCCUUCGCGAGAAAGUUCGGAAACAACGAGCCGGUUCUCGACAGGAUCGAUUCCGAACUUCUAGGGAAGAGUAGCCCUGACGUGUUUGUCCCGGGAGGGUGGUUUCGAGGGGAAGGAGAGAUGAUCGUUUCGGGAAACGGGACCGAGCUGAGGCCGGGACCGGGGGCUGAGAGGCUGAAGAAGCUGAUAACAGGGCUCUUGUCGGCUCAAGAUUUUCGUAGAACACAAUGUGCCUGAAACUGAGAAUCGGUUAUGUAAUAAGAGAAGUUUUAGAGGAAUCUAUAGGAGUAACUAAAAGGGGGAACAAAGAUGUUGUCUCUAAUAUGUUAUAUAUAUAUAUAUAUAUAUAUAUAUAUAUAUAAUUUUUAUUUAUU